AUGUCUUUGAUCCAGGUCCUGUCGGCUGUGUCUGGGUCUUGCCUCCUGGAAGUACAUCUGGGUGAAGACUUGACUGCCUCUGACUUCGUCAACGAGUUGAAGCAUCUCCUCUGCUCGAAGACUGGCAUGUCAAGCUUUCGGCAGCUGCUGCUGGUUGAAGACAGGGUCAUCAAUGCUGAUGAGAGCUGUUCCUGGGAAGGGCUGGGCAGGCCUAGCAUAGUGAAAGUAGCCUUCCAGAGCCUCGUGGACAGCUUCCGCGAUGAGUUCCUGCAGUCAGCAGCUGAAGGCCAUGCCUGUCGUGUCACCGAGCUCCUGAGAAAAUGCCAGGAUCCAAACUCGGUGGAUGCGAACGGAGAAACUGCCCUUUGGAAAGCCUCUGCGGCAGGCCAUCUAGAUAUUGUCCACAUCAUGCUGGAUGCUGGAGCAAAUCUGGACAUUGCCAGGAAGGACGGGUGCCUCCUGGCCUCCAGUGCAGAUUGCGAGAAGUGUGACCUGGUUGGCCGCAGCCCGCUCUUCGUUGCUGCAGACCAUGGUCGUCUUACCUCUGUCUGCAGUUUGCUUUUAGCAAACGCCUUGGUGGACAAGGCCGACCGGUACAGGAGGACGCCUUUGAUGAUCGCCUCAGAAAGAGGACAUUUGGCUGUCGUUUGCUCACUCCUGGAGGCAGGAGCAGAGGCAGACUUCGAGGAUCUGCGGGGCCGAACCCCGCUCUUCAGUGCAGCGGAGUUCGGGCACCGCACGGUGGUGUGUAUGUUGCUCCAGAGCGGGGCCGACGCCCAGAAGGCGGACGAGCAGGGCCGCACCCCACUCUUCGCGGCCGCUGACGGUGGGCACCUCGAGGUGGUACGAUCAGUGCCUCGAUCUGAGUGCUGGUGUGACUGA